GGUGUGACCAAGAUGGCGCUACGGGAGCUGAGCUCGCUAGAGAAAUGUUUAGGAUUAAAGAAGCCUAAUAAAUACAGCACACAGGGAGAGAGGAAGGUUCCUGUUCUCCAGAACAACAAUGGAGCAGUGUUGGUUGGUCUGGUCACCAUAGCGUCUCAUCUGGUUCAUGAGGCCAAGAAAACAGAGCUUCUGGGAAACAGUGCUGAAGAGAGAGCUUUGGUCCAACAGUGGCUAGAAUACAGAAUAGCACGAGUGGACAACUGUCCGAAAGAUGAGCUCAAAGUUAUCCUAAAGGAACUUAACCAUUACCUGGAGGAUAAAGUUUAUAUUGCUGGGAAUGUCUUCACGCUGGCGGACAUCCUGAUGUACUAUGGGAUUCACCACAUUGUUGUGGAAUUGGCUAUACAGGAGAAGGAGCGUUAUCUGAACGUCACCAGAUGGUUUGAUCACAUCCAGCAUUACCCAGGCGUAAGGCACAAUCUGCCUCCUGUGGUCGUUCUGAGGAACAGAGUUUACCCAAGUGGUCAUCACUAAACACCACGACUUUAUUGAACUUUAUCGUCAGUUGUUACGUAAAACUGACCUUGGGGUCCCUACAUCAGUUCUGACGCAAUCCCAAAUCUUCAGGACAAGUCAAGCAGAGCUGGUCUUUUUUUGUUUUUUAGUCUUUAUGUGAAAUUAGUUUAUUAUGAACAAAGUUUCUUUGUUCUGGCUUUAUUUAAAUUCAGUGUGUCAGGGUACCAAGACUUCACAAGCUGAAGGAAAAGAGUGCUUUUGUGAUCUUUGGAAGGCAAUAAACUCUAAUAAUGUCAACUAAAUAAAUACAUGAAUUUUAUUUCCGAGAAUGAUUGAAAUAACCAAGUUGACUCUUGUUGUUUUACUAGCAUACACCUGCUUUAUCCACAUUGAUCUUUGGUCUGAAUAGGAAGCAGUUUUAUGGAAGAUCUUUGGAUAAAAUUAGAUUUGUCAGGACAUUAGACCAUAUUAAAAAGGGAUAUUGCUUUUCAAGUAAGGGAGACUAAUUUCAGAAAAAAAAUAUGCAAAAUUAUGGAUUGUCUGUAUAUUUAACAGUGAAAAAUCUUAAUUUAAUCAAAAAUCCUUUAUUUAAUAUCUGCCCUGCAUAUGCUGACAGUUUAUUUUUGUUAUACAUUAUUUUUUUGUAAGCCGCUUUUUGUCUAUGUUUUCAAGUUUGUGUUAAUUCAUGCCAACACUAUUGUCCUGUGCCAAUAAAAAAAAAAACAUGUUUCAGAUUC